AGAGAACGGAGACCACGCAAUGGCUCCGAAGGUCACACGCAAACGAUGGGGAUCCGUGAGACACAGGAUUUUGUCCUUGGUGGAAGAUGGAAGAAACGGAAAAAGUGAGAUGGACUGAGGAGCUCGGGGAUGUGUCGUGUGCUUGCUCGAUCAUCGUCGUCCUAUUUACUCACAUGAUCUGAGAGCAGAAGAGACGAAAUGGAUGAUGCUAACCCUAGCCAUUAUGCGAGGAGGUGGCAGUCACUGUGACGCAUCCACAAUCAUUUGCUUCUGGAGAGAUGGUUGACGAUCACAGGAUCGGUCGAUGCAGGGUUGCUUGCCCAAUUCCAGUCUCAUAGAUCGUGUCAGGAAACAUCAAGAUCAGGCGGCGUACGCAGGAGGAAACGAAUGUUGACUGCCCAGCAAAAACUAUUAAUUUGUCAAGUAGGUGAAAAACCAGUUCUGAUCAUCCAUCAUGCGUGAGUUCUUUUACGAGGAUUAUUUUGUACUAAAAUGAAUUUAUAUGUUCUCAAACUAUUUGGAAAUGAUGUUUGCAACUGAUUGAACUAUUAAUUUUAUGUUUUUUUUCUUUGAAAGUGAAUUAAUAGAAUUAAUUUGUGGAGAACAUUUUGCCCUCUUAUCUGCUAAAUAGACCUGCGCUAUCAACCUCUCUCUCUCUCUCUCUCUCUCUCUAACAUAUGGAGGCUUUCCUGCCGAAGUUCUUCUUCCUCCUGCUGUUGCUGCUCGUCUCAGGGGCAUUUUGGACCACGAAAGCGGCGGGCGCCGGCGCCACCUUCACCCUCAAGAACAACUGCCCUUACACCAUCUGGCCGGGCACAUUGUCCGGCAACGGGGUUGCCCUCCUCGGCGGCGGCGGAUUCGAGCUUUCCCUGAAUGAUACCGCCUCCUUCUCCGCUCCACCCGGCUGGUCCGGCCGCUUCUGGGCCCGCACACGAUGCCUCCUCGGCUCCUCCUCUUCUAACGGGACCUGCGCCACUGGCGAUUGCGGGGGCGUCCUACGCUGCGUAGUCGGCGGCGCACCACCGGCCAGCCUCGCGGAGUUCACCCUCGGCAGUGGCGACGGCACCCAGGACUUCUACGACGUGAGCUUGGUCGACGGUUACAACGUCGGCAUCGGGGUGCGCCCCUCGAGGGGCAGCUGCCGGUACGCCGGGUGCGUGGCGGACGUGAACGCUCGGUGCCCGGCGGAGCUGCGGGUGCCGGCAGAGUCCGGGGAAACGGUGGCGUGCCGAAGCGCGUGCGAGGCCUUCGGGGCACCGGAAUACUGCUGCACCGGGGCCCACGGCUCGCCGGCGACGUGCGGGCCGACGCGGUACUCCCAGCUGUUCAAGGCAGCGUGCCCGGCGGCGUACAGCUACGCCUAUGACGACGCGACGAGCACGUUCACAUGCGCCGCCGGCACCGCCGACUACCUCAUCACCUUCUGCCCCUCCGCGGCAGACGCCCAGAGCAAGAAGAGGUAGCUCGCUCCAAUACCCCUGUAAUAAGACCGCGAUCGAUUAAGGAAAUGAGAUUAAGGUCUAUUGAUAUGGGAUAAAUAUGAACAUAAACUCGUGGUAGUUUAUGGCCUUCUUUCCCUAUUUCUCUAGCUUUUUAAUGUAUUUUAAGCUCGAAAAUACUACUUACAUUACGAUA